CACGCGUGCGGCACACACACGCAACACACAACACCACACGCACGCACGCACACAACACCAGACACAAACACACAAACACACACCACGCGCGCGACACGCACGCACACACACAACAUAAGGCAAGACACGCUGCGAGAUCCAAUAAUUCUUGUGACCUCGGCUUCUUAGCAUGUCUUCUCCGAUGAGAUGUUCGGGUUAGGGUUUAGGGCUCGGUUAGGCUUUUAGGGUUGGGAGUUGGAAGGAAUUUAUGGCUGCCGGAUUUAAAGGGAUGGCUGGGGGUGGCGGCCGAACCAGCGGGCGGUGGUGUGUUGUGGGUACUGGGUAGUUCAGUGAGGCGGCACGCACCAUGGUGGUGGAGGAAGGUGGUUGGGUAGGGUAGUAGCCUAGUAGGUAGCCGAGGAGGCUGACUGAAGUGUUUACAGGAGGAAGGCAGGCUACCAGGUGUCGGCGACGGGUGCAGUGGUAUGGCAAGGGGCGGCGAGGCAUCACCAGCCGUUGGAGUUUUGGAGAGGUGGGUGCAAGUGGGGGAAGGGGCAGUAUAAUGGGGCCUACAACGCUGAGGAAGGCACUAGAGACCAGGCGGGUGGUGGUGGGAAGGUUCGACGGGAGGUUCGAUAGCUUGAGCGGAAGAUGAGAUGUUGUGGUCGAUAGAUCACGUGAGGAAGUGGGAAGGUUCGACGGGAGGUUCGAUAGCUUGCGCGGAAGAUGAGAUGUUGUGGUCAAUAGAUCACGCGAGGAAGAGAUUACGGGCGGUCGAGUGGAAUUGCGUGUAUGGGCUAGGGCUCUCCGUGUACUCCUAACACGAGGGGCCUUUUCCUUCGGUUGUUUCCCCCAAACAUUUUGUUACUGUAUGUGUGGGCAGGCCAAUACUCUUUGAGCAAUCAAUUGAUGAUGUGUUUGUCAGCCAAUCAUCCAGUAUUUUUUUUCUUUUACACCAAAUCAGCACUAGUCACUUUCCACUAGUCAGCCAACAAUACUUUUAUCUCACAACAAAUCAGCACCAGCCACCAGCCAUAUCCAGCCGAAUAGAGUGUAUAUUAGCAAAUAUGAGAAGUUGGCCAAACAAUUUGAUAUUUUAGUUUGGGGUUUGUCUAAAGGAUGAUAACUUGAUAAUAAAUAAUAUUUUUGCAAUUUUAUGUAGGGCAGUGUGUGUCUCAGACACUUCAAGGGAUCUAGUAUGCUUUCUAUUAUCUCCAAUGAUUUGUAUUAAAUACAUGGUAUGACAACAAAAAUGAAUAUACAAUUACUAGGCUCAUCUGCUUUUUAGUGCUUUGAACUAUGAAUUAUCACUUUGUCUAGAAAAACCACGGCUACACCUAGUUCUAUUUCCUUAAUUCUAGCUCUAUGAUAUGUUUGUCGGGGAAAACCCAUGAUUUGAACUAUUGAAAAUAUAUCACAAACCACAUCAAGCAUGCUAUCUUCUCUCGCUUAUUUAUGUUGACUUCGCUUAAUUAUCUUUUAAAUGGAUUUCUAGAGAGAAGUAGCAAUCAUCAUUUUCUUAUUAUGAUUUAUCACUAUGACUUCGCUUAAUUAUCUUUUAAAUGGAUUUCAAGAGAGAAGUAGCAAUCAUCAUUUUCUUAUUAUGAUUUAUCACUAUGUAGAUACUGUAUGGACAAGGUUGAGCUUCCUAGACCUAUGAUCGUGUGCUGCUUGGGUUACAAACUAGGAGAUGUUGACAUCUCAAAACCCAUGCGUCGUUCAGCUCGCAAAGCAAUGAAAAAGCAUAGAAUAACUGACACUGAAAAUUACGCAGAAGGUGUUGUAGAAACUUCAGAUUUCAACAAUCUGAAGUUUGUAGGACCAAUUUGGAGUGGAGCCUUUUAUGAACAGUGAAGUAUUCAAGGUAAACAAAUUUAAGAUAGAAGCAUACUUGUCAAGCAAAGCAUGUCACAAAGUGGAGAAAUUUUCAAGAUCGUCAUUGCCACAAGUCGUUGUAGUAGAGAAGGCUCCUCGGUUGGAAGUCUGGCCAAAGAUAUGGAAGCCUUCAGGACCUACAAGUGCUUGUAUUGGAUUGUAUUUCUUCCCACCUAGUUUGAGGUCAAAUGAAAUAUCAAACGAAUUGGUGAAGGAAAUAAUCGAGAGCGAUGGUGCCCUGAAAGCUACUGUUGGUAUCGUUGAUCUAUUGAUAUUCCCCUCUAUUCUAUUGCCAGAACAAAAUCAAUUGUACCAGGGCAAACACUACCUCUGGGGGGUGUUCAAGAAAAGGAAAGGCAUUUCUGACGAAGGUGUUAUAGCUGCAGAACAAGAUGGUUCAGCGUGUGCCGCAGAGGAAGGGCAACUACAAGAACAGCAUCUUUCGAGCCAGCAAGAAGUUGAAGUGCAACCUGAGUCCCCAGGCCAAGAAACUUCUGCUGUGAAGCUUGUUGGGAAUGAACCGCUGAUGGAGUACAACCCUGAGGCAGAAAAGGAGGCUGUGACAAUUUCCAUGACAGGAGGUGUUACCUGGCCUGGCAGCAGUUUGCCCCAUGAAAAGCCGGACACUCCAACAGCGGGAUCAAACACCUCUGUAGCGCAUCCUGAAGAAGUGAACAUGCAGCAAGAAGAAGGCUUCACCUCUUCACACAAGCUGAAUGCCUCAACCAUUGCCGACCCAUCUGUUGAGGAGGAUGGCCGUGGACAAUCCAGCUCUGUCACUGUCUCAGAACCUCCCAGCAUAAAACUGUUUGGGGUGACCAUUGCCCGGACGCCGAGAGCUCAGCAGCAGCUGAUCCUAGAGAUGCCUAGUGAGGCCUCGAUGGUAUUGUCAGUGCCAGAAGAGUUGGUGACCGCAAAUUCUAACACAGGAAACAGUGCUGGAGUAGGAGCUGGACUGAACCCUGGCACGGAUCGCCUGCAUCUGCCCGAGCGUCCUGAAGCCUUCGGUCUGAGGCCCCGGUGGUGAGCCUGGGCCGCCUCAGCCAGAUGUGGUUGCUUCUGACGCCGGCCUGGAGCUGUUCCCCGUCCAGCAGGAGCAGAUGGGAUUGGCCGCGCCUGGGAACGAAGCCAGCGACAUGGAUGUGGAUCUCGAACUGAGCCUUGCCGUGCCGCCGUCGUGCGUUUUGCAGCUGCAGCUGUGAAGCUUUGCUCCGGAAGGUUUGGACGUUGGUGCGAAUCGCAUUGUAGUGUGUUUGUCGUCCAUGGAUGACAGAUGAUGACUGCUUUAGUUACAGCCGGUGUCUUUUAAACUUCAAUUGAGUUGGUGAUGUCGUCUGCGAGAAGAUUUGCAUUGCGUCUGAGACUGAGUUCCUUCGUAGAGACGUCGAGCAUGACGGAUGAAGAUGUUCUGUGGAUUGUGGUUGAUGUUUUGAUUUGUUUUUUUGCUUUUUGGCAAUGCAAACCAGAACUGAAGUUAUUUAUGUUUUGACGAGACUGCAUCAAGUGAAAUGGAACGCUGUUUGUGCCCUGUCCAAGAUGGACAGGAUC